CUCAGGCCUGGCCGGACAGCGUGGACUGAACCCCAGGGGGCAGCCAGAUCCCCGGACAGAGCCCCCCCUCUGGCUGAGCACGAGCCGUGACUCAGCACCGCCAUGGACAUUGGCGGCUUGGAGACGGUGGUGGCCAACUCAGCCUAUGUGUCAGCCCGGGGCAGCGUGGAUGCCAGUGCGGCCUCCACUUUGCGGGACAAGAAGAUGCGGGCAAAACUGAAGCUGCCCCACAUCACGCAGUGUGAACACCUGAAGGACCAGAUGGACCUGAACUUCCAGAGCAUCUGCCUCCGGCAGCCCAUUGGCAAGCGGCUCUUCCAACAGUUCCUGGAGGACCAGGAGGCAUUCAAGGCGGCUGGCGGACUCUGGAAGAGCAUGGAGGAGUAUGCAGCGUCCGAGGAGAACGAGAGGACCCAGAAGGCCCAGAAGACUGUCAACCAAUUCUUUGACUCAGCCUCCAAGACCUUCUGCUCCUUCCUGGAGGAGAAAGUCGUCAUGAGGGUCAAGGAAGAUGCCAAGCAUGGGCGAGCAGACCUCUUCAAAGAGACAGAACAGCACCUGUUGAAGCACCUGGAGGACCAGGCCUUGGCCAAGUACAAGGACAGCUUGUUCUUUGCCCGCUUCCUGCAGUUCAAGUGGCUGGAGGGGCAGAGUGUGACGGAGGAGUGGUUCCUGGAUUUCCGGGUGCUGGGCAAAGGGGGCUUUGGUGAGGUCUGCGCCUGCCAGAUGAGGGCCACCGGCAAGAUGUACGCCAACAAGAAACUCAACAAGAAGCGGCUCAAAAAACGCAAUGGAUAUGAGGGCGCCAUUGUGGAGAAGAGGAUCCUGGCCAAGGUGCACAGCCGAUUCAUUGUCACGCUGGCCUACGCCUUCCAGACCAAGGUGGACCUGUGUCUGGUCAUGACCCUCAUGAAUGGUGGGGACCUCAGGUACCAUGUCUACAACGUGGAUGAGAAGAACCCUGGGUUCCCAGAGUCCCGGGCAGUUUUUUACACAGCCCAGAUCAUCUGUGGCUUGGAGCACCUGCACCAGAACCGCAUCAUCUACCGCGACCUCAAGCCCGAAAACGUGCUACUGGACGACGCAGGCCAUGUCCGCCUAUCAGAUCUGGGGCUGGCGGUGGAGCUGCCAGAGGGGAAGGACAAGACCAAGGGGUAUGCAGGGACACCAGGGUUCAUGGCCCCGGAGCUGCUGCAGAACCAGGAGUACGACUGGAGUGUGGAUUAUUUCACCCUGGGGGUGACGCUCUAUGAGAUGAUUGAGGCCAAAGGUCCCUUUCGUAGCCGGGGUGAGAAGGUGGAGAACAAAGAGGUGACCCGGCGCAUCCUACAUGACCCUGUGCAGUACUCAGAGAAGUUCAGCCCUACCUGCCAAGCCGCCUGCGAGGGGCUGCUGGCCAAGGACCCAGCCGGUCGCUUGGGCUUCCGCGACAACCAGUGCGCCCAGCUCAAAGCCCUGCCACUCUUCCAGAAGAUGAACUGGGGCCGCCUAGAGGCAGGUCUGCUGGAGCCACCCUUUGUGCCCGACCCCAAGACGGUCUACGCCAAGGACAUUGAGGAGGUGGGCGCCUUCUCCACAGUGAAGGGGGUGAUGCUGGAUGACCAGGACAAGGCAUUCUAUGAGGAGUUCUCCUCUGGCAACAUCCCCAUUCCCUGGCAGGAGGAGAUGGUGGAGACCGGGGUCAUCAGGGAACUCAACAUCUGGGGGCCCAAAGGCACCAUCCCCAGGGACCUCGACCACACCAUGCCCGCCAACAGCGUCAGCAGCAAAUCAGGGACGUGCCUCCUGCUGUGAAAUGGAGGAGGGGGGUGGGAACACACUUUCUGCCCCCUGGGUCGCCCCAGAGACUCAGCUACUCCCAGCCCACUAGAGACCUCAUGACUCCUACAGUGGUGGUCUCACAGCCACACGGGAUGAGGAGAAAACCCAGGAGUCCUGGAUCCCAGCUCCCCCUUUCCCCCCGCCCAACCCCCUAGAACCUCCCUCCCCUUACAGAGCUGUGGAAGGAAGUGGGUUUGGAAAAUUAGAGUGAGGGGGAGGAGUGAGACCCAGGACUCCUGGGUUCCAUUCUUUGCUUGGGGGGUUAGGGUGGUGGCUUGGGCUGGGAACCCGGACUCCUAGGUUCUUUCCCUGGUUCUGGGAGGGGAGGACUCCGGCCUCCCGUGUUCCAUUCUUGGGACAAGAAGUUUGAGGAAAAAUUAUACUCAUUGCUAUUCAUCAGCAUAACAUUUCAAUAGCACUUUAUCCCCCAUUAAGUAAUUCCCCUUUCAUUUCCUACAGUCAGGAUCCUCCCCGAUUUCACAGACAGCUGGGCGGGGAGGCAGGAAGGGCUGAUGGUCCCUCAGGGAUGGGACUGGAACCCUGGAGUCGUUGCCUGUCACCUCUAGGUCAACAGGUCCCGUCUUUGGACCAGAGGGCUGGGGGGGAGGGGUCAAUUCUUCGUCCCUUCCUGAGUCGUUUAGUGGUGGUCACCGGGUUCUAGCCCAUGACACAGCUCCAGGGUGGUCUGCCAUCCAGUUUGGUGUAUGUUCUUCUGCCGUUUGUCUGGCGGCAUGGUAGCUCCAUUCCCCUUGUCAUGAGUUUAGUAGCCAAUUUUGUAUAUAAUAAUAAAUGGGGUUGUGGUCACUGCAGAUGGACCAGCCUGCAGUUGGUCUUUAUCCUAGGCAUGCACAGGGAGGGUGGGAGGCACCUGUGUCGUGUGUUGUGGGUGGGCAUAGACAUAAACUACACAUCCAGCAGGGUUGCAAUCUCACACAAACUUCAGUCACCGUUGUACAGUCUCCUAAAACACACCCCACCCCCACUUCUACAAUCAUUCACAGAUAUGCAUUCACAGCCAAACAAGCUCUCAUUCCUGUAGCUAGUCAUUCAGAGAUAUAGUCACAGCCACACAAUUUGUUUCUCUCUCUCUCCCUCUCACUCACACACACCAUUGUCAUAGUUGAAAAGUCAUAGUCACAUACAUAUCUACAGUCAUUCUGUCAUAGACUCUUUACUACAUCCUCCUCCCACCACAUAAUUACAGUCAUUCACAAUUGCACUCACAACCCAUACAGUCUCUAAGUCUUCCCAUGCGGUACAUUCUCUCGCAGUUAUAAUCGCUUAAUCAACCCACCCCAUUACAGUCAUUCACAAGUACAGCCAUAAAGUCUUAGUCACA